AUGGCACCAAAGCGUAAACUCUCGGAUUCUGAUGCCGCAGAAGUAGUGCAUCCAUCUAGACAAAUUCAAGUCUACGGCGAUGAACCAAAACCUGCAAAGAAAAGAAAGUCAGAACCUGCAUUUAACAAAAAACAAGCUCAUGCCUCCAGUGUCAACACCAUAAAAAAGAAGAUAAGAGACAUCACAAGGAAGCUUGAGAGGGCGCAGGAUCUUCCUGCAGAUGUGCGCGUGGAGGAUGAGCGAGCUCUUGCCGCAUACCAACAAGAAUUGGCCUCUGCAGAAGCUGAGAAGAUUAGACAGAAAAUGAUAAAGAAAUACCAUAUGGUCAGGUUCUUUGAGCGCCAAAAGGCUACCAGGCAAUUAAAGAAACUCCGAAAACGUCUUCUGGAAUCUGAAUCUACUGAGGAAGUCGAGCAAUUGAAGGAUGAAAUGCACAUUCUCGAGGUAGAUCUCAAUUACACUCAAUACCACCCUCUAAGUGAAACAUACAUUAGUCUUUAUCCACCAAAGGGCUCAGGAGAUGAUGCAGAAGAUAAAGCGACGAAGGAAAAACCUCCAAUGUGGAAGGAGGUCGAAAAGUGCAUGGAAGAAGGAACUCUUGAUCGAUUACGGAAUAGAAAGCCAGAUAUCACCGUUUCGACUACAAAGCCUGUCAGACUUCCAGAGAGAAAGCUUGUAAAACCCAAGUUGACACCGGAAGCAAAGCCUGUCGUGCAAGCUCCAGCUAUCGAUACUACAGGAAUGAAUCGACGCCAGAGAAGAGCUCAACGCGGGGUGAAAGAUUCUAGGGCUACAAAGAUCGCAAAGAAUAAAUCCACUGGGUUUUCCAAGAACCAAGCAUUUGGGGCCGUAGAAGGAGCGAGAGCGGACGAGGCUCAAGAUGGUAAUGUUAGCGACGGAGGUUUCUUCGAGGAGUAA